AUGGAAGCAUUUUUUAUCCUGAUUGCACUGAGUAUUAUUAGCAAUGUAUAUUCAAUUACAUACUAUACUUCCGUUGGUACUAGAUCAUCAUUAGGCGGUGACAUUAUUGCGGCUAUCGUAGUACCUAUAGUUGUUGUUGUCUCAAUUGCUCUAGUAAUAAUUGUCUGCUGUAUAAUAAAACGUGGAAAUAGAAGAAGAACGGGUGCUCUACCUUUAGCCGCACAAAUGGCUAUGAAUCAACAUCAAAAUCCAUAUGCACCACCCAAUUUUAACCAAGGACAACCAAAUUAUAAUCAACCACCACCUUAUGCACAAACUCCGGUUAAUAGCACGCUGCCACCGUCUUAUUCUUCAGUUGGUGUUGCAAGACAAUCAACUGCGGUAACGAUUAAUAAAUAA